AUGUGUCCCAUUUCACCCUCCCGCUGCUCCCAGUGGAAUCCACCUGCUACGCCUCCCAGAAGAAACCUUACAGAGCCACUCAGACUCCUCUCCAUUCUCUCUUUUGCACAAUUCAAACCUCCCCUCCCUCUCCCCCCCCCCCCCUCCUCCCCGGCCCCUUCUCCCCGUCUCCCCCUCUCUCGCCCUCUUCCGGCUUCACCCCCCAAUGCAGAGCCACUCAGUCUCCCCUCCCUUCUCCCCUCCCUCCCUCCCUUCUCCCCUCCCUCCCUCCCUUCUCCCCUCCCUCCCUCCCUUCUCCCCUCCCUCCCUCCCUUCUCCCCUCCCUCCCUCCCUUCUCCCCUCCCUCCCUCCCUUCUCCCCUCCCUCCCUCCGUUCUCCCCUCCCUCCCUCCCUUCUCCCCUCCCUCCCUCCCUUCUCCCCUCCCUCCCUCCCUUCUCCCCUCCCUCCCUCCCUUCCCCUCCCUCCCUCCCUUCUCCCCUCCCUCCCUCCCUUCUCCCCUCCCUCCCUCCCUUCUCCCCUCCCUCCCUCCCUUCUCCCCUCCCUCCCUCCCUUCUCCCUCCCUCCCUCCCUUCCCCUCCCUCCCUCCCUUCUCCCCUCCCUCCCUCCCUUCUCCCCUCCCUCCCUCCCUUCUCCCCUCCCUCCCUCCCUUCUCCCCUCCCUCCCUCCCUUCUCCCCUCCCUCCCUCCCUUCUCCCCUCCCUCCCUCCCUUCCCCUCCCUCCCUCCCUUCUCCCCUCCCUCCCUCCCUUCUCCCCUCCCUCCCUCCCUUCUCCCCUCCCUCCCUCCCUUCUCCCCUCCCUCCCUCCCUUCUCCCCUCCCUCCCUCCCUUCUCCCCUCCCUCCCUCCGUUCUCCCCUCCCUCCCUCCCUUCUCCCCUCCCUCCCUCCCUUCUCCCCUCCCUCCCUCCCUUCUCCCCUCCCUCCCUCCCUUCUCCCCUCCCUCCCUCCCUUCUCCCCUCCCUCCCUCCCUUCUCCCCUCCCUCCCUCCGUUCUCCCCUCCCUCCCUCCCUUCUCCCCUCCCUCCCUCCCUUCUCCCCUCCCUCCCUCCCUUCUCCCCUCCUCCCUCCCUCCCUUCCCCUCCCUCCCUCCCUUCUCCCCUCCUCCCUCCCUUCUCCCCUCCCUCCCUCCUUCUCCCCUCCCUCCCUCCCUUCUCCCCUCCCUCCCUCCCUUCUCCCCUCCCUCCCUCCCUUCUCCCCUCCCUCCCUCCCUUCUCCCCUCCCUCCCUCCCUUCUCCCCUCCCUCCCUCCCUUCUCCCCUCCCUCCCUCCCUUCUCCCCUCCCUCCCUCCCUUCUCCCCUCCCUCCCUCCCUUCUCCCUCCCUCCCUCCCUUCUCCCUCCCUCCCUCCCUUCUCCCCUCCCUCCCUCCCUUCCCCUCCCUCCCUCCCUUCUCCCCUCCCUCCUCCCUUCUCCCUCCCUCCCUCCCUUCUCCCCUCCCUCCCUCCCUUCCUUCUCCCCUCCCUCCCUCCCUUCUCCCCUCCCUCCCUCCCUUCUCCCCUCCCUCCCUCCCUUCUCCCCUCCCUCCCUCCUUCUCCCCUCCCUCCCUCCCUUCUCCCCUCCCUCCCUCCCUUCUCCCCUCCCUCCCUCCCUUCUCCCCUCCCUCCCUCCCUUCUCCCCUCCCUCCCUCCCUUCUCCCCUCCCUCCCUCCCUUCUCCCCUCCCUCCCUCCCUUCUCCCCUCCCUCCCUCCCUUCUCCCCUCCCUCCCUCCCUUCUCCCCUCCCUCCCUCCCUUCUCCCCUCCCUCCCUCCCUUCUCCCCUCCCUCCCUCCCUUCUCCCCUCCCUCCCUCCCUUCUCCCCUCCCUCCCUCCCUUCUCCCCUCCCUCCCUCCCUUCUCCCUCCUCCUCCCUCCCUUCCUCCCUUCUCCCUCCCUCCCUCCCUUCUCCCCUCCCUCCCUCCCUUCUCCCGGUGUACCCAUCCACCUGUCCAGCUUCACCCUCCGCCUGCUGCCAGUGGAAACCACGUGCUACACCUCGCAGGAGGAGAUUGCCUCGGCCAGUCAGCCUCGUCGUGCCGCUCGCUAA